UAUCAGCGCAGGGCGCCAUGCGGAUGUGAUUCUGAGGACAGUUGUAGUGAUAAACGUUAGUAGGUCUUAGUGAGCGGUGACAUCUCAAACACAUUUACUUUGUUGGUUACGUUGUUGGUCCCGAAGCAUUCAACGUCAAGUAUGAUGAACGGCCAAAUUAAUGGUUUUCACAAUUCCCUCAUUGAAGAGGACUGCUUCUUGUUCACAUCGGAGUCUGUCGGAGAAGGGCAUCCUGACAAGAUCUGCGAUCAGAUCAGUGAUGCUGUCCUUGAUGCCCACCUUAAGCAGGAUCCCGAUGCCAAGGUUGCAUGUGAGACUGUCGCUAAGACUGGCAUGAUUCUGUUGGCUGGUGAGGUGACAUCACGAGCUACAGUGGACUACCAAAAAAUAGUGCGAGAUACCAUUCGACUGAUUGGCUAUGAUGACUCUGCUAAAGGCUUUGACUACAAGACCUGCAAUGUUCUUGUGGCCUUGGAGCAGCAAUCUCCUGACAUAGCUCAGGGUGUCCAUGUUGACCGCAAUGAAGAGGACAUCGGAGCAGGAGACCAGGGAUUAAUGUUUGGAUAUGCCACUGAUGAGACAGAGGAAUGCAUGCCUCUCACAAUUGUGCUCGCCCACAAACUGAAUGCAAAAAUGGCUGAGCUACGACGCAAUGGCACUCUUCCAUGGCUGCGGCCUGACUCGAAGACACAGGUUACUGUUCAGUAUCGUCAGGACCGUGGCGCCAUGCUUCCAGUGCGUGUGCACACUAUUGUCAUCUCUGUUCAACACGAUGAGGACGUGUGCCUGGAGGAGAUGAGAGAUUCCCUGAAGGAAAAGGUCAUCAAGGCUGUUGUUCCCUGUAUUUAUUUGGAUGAUGACACCAUCUACCACCUGCAGCCCAGUGGGAGAUUCGUUAUUGGAGGUCCUCAGGGUGAUGCCGGACUGACAGGUCGCAAGAUCAUAGUCGAUACUUAUGGUGGUUGGGGGGCCCAUGGGGGAGGAGCCUUUUCUGGGAAAGACUACACAAAGGUGGACCGCUCUGCUGCCUAUGCUGCACGUUGGGUUGCAAAGUCUUUGGUGAAGGCUGAGCUAUGCAGGAGAGUGUUGGUUCAGGUGUCCUAUGCCAUUGGAGUUGCCCAUCCCCUCUCCAUUUCCAUCUUCCACUAUGGGACCUCCAACAAGAGUGAGCGAGAGCUGCUCGACAUUGUGAAGACCAACUUUGACCUCCGUCCCGGGGUCAUUGUCAGGGAACUGGAUCUGAAGAAGCCCUUGUAUCAGAAGACCGCAGCCUAUGGCCACUUUGGCCGUGACUCCUUCCCAUGGGAGGUGCCCAAAAAGCUCAAAUACUAAACCUGUUAAGCUUUCUCCCCCUUAGGCUUGUUGGUGUAUACUACAGAGAAGCCACCAAGAUUUUGGGGGGUGAAAUGCCCUUCUCUCUCUCUCAUUGCAUCAUUUACCACAUUACCCUCUUCUGCCUCCCUUUCCUCUGGUUACUGUUUAUUUUGCCACUUGCGUUAUCCUGCUGGGUCCUUUUGAAUGCAUUUUAAUUUUUGAAAAGUGACUAAUUUGCCCUUUGGUCCUUACUGCUCAAGCCUGAUUAGCGGCAGUCCUCGUCAUUCCACACACAUUUUUGUGAUCUUCAUUGGCACAUCAGUAGUGUUAGACUGUAGUUGGCCUUCAUUUACUGGUGCUACUGAAAGGUGUGUGUGUGCCACCUCCAAAGUAAAUCUUGACGCAUGUAGCUUGUCAUUUUGGAGGAUCUUCUGUUCUCACUGAGCAACAUUCCUUACCCCUUUUUUAACUUUUGGUAACUUUACUCCUUGUCAUCAUUGAGGAUGCUAGAAUGGCACAAAGAAAUGGAAAGGUUUGUUGCUGUUCACUAAAAUGCUAUGCAUCGAAGGCUGAAGAGCCAGCCAAAUCUUAGAUUCUCAAGCUCUCAAAUGAGUUUAAAGGCCCAAAUGCCGCUGUAGACCUUUGCUGUUUUCUGACGUACUACAGAAAAGUCAGAGGCUGCUAUGUCACUGCUCUGGUCUGCAGAGGUGUUGGAUGGAUAUACUUGAUAGAUGGGGAAUAUUUGGAUUGUGUACACAAUUACGUUUUAAAUUGUCCUUUUUUUUAUAAAGUAGAUGUAAAGCGUUUUUUUUGUUUUUUUUUUUAACUAAGGCCCUGGGACUCCACAGGCAUAUUGAUGGCAGGUGUAGUUACAGAGAAACCUGCCUUUCGUCUUUAUCCUGGUGGAGUUUGUCAGUCUUAUUGGAUGUCAAAACGCAACACUAUUUGUUCUCUGAAGCUCGGCGUGCAUACAGAGAAGCUGAUGUUUCAGACGGCAGCUUUUAAAACAUAAAUACUCUGUUACUGAAAUCUUGAAUUCCUUUUGACUUGAUCAUUUUUCAGUGUUUGGCUUGAGGCUCCAGAAUGUUGUACAGAAAAGUUUUGGACUGCCUCGAAAACCAAGUGUCACUGCUAAAUGUUUGUCUACUUUACAGUGUUUUAUUUUUGGACUGCAGAAAUAUAUAUUUUUAGGGCUAUGGGCUGGUUGUCAAAUUCGAUUUUUAAGCAUCCCCAAAUAUUCGGCUCUUACAAAGCAUCCUUGGUGAGAUGGCAACAUUUGGUUGGUGUAGUACAGAGAAACCAGCCUUGUUUACAGGGCCGUCCCAUACAGGAUGAGUUCGCUCUUACUGGAGGUCAUCAUUGGCUACAGUAAGUGUAAACGUGCCUUUUCUAUUUCCUUUCCUCCCCUUUUACUUCUACCCUCCCUCACACACACAUGCUUCAAACAAGGAGUAGCUCAUUCUGUAGUAUGCUUCGUGUUUAGAUUGGGCUGUUCCUCUGAGCUGUAAUAAACAUCCCUACACCAUGCACUUGUCUGGAGUCGU